AUGCGCGCAGCCGCCCCCGCCUCCUUCUCCUCCUUCUCCGCCAUGCGCGCAGCCGCCCCCUUCCCCGCCACGUGGCUGCAGCGGGACGCGAUCGAGCGCGCCAUCAGGGCGCCGCUGGGCACCGUGCUCCGCGACCACGCGCUCGUGCACCUCCCGCCGGCCGCCGCCGCGCGCCUCCGCCUCGUGCACCCGUCGUGGGCGCGGGCGCUCGCGUCGCCGCUCUUCACUGUCGCGCACGCUGCCACCCCGUGUAGGGCCUCGGGCUUCUUCUCUGCGUCCGCGAGCUUCCUCCCGCUCGACGCCGCCGACAUCGUGUCGUCCCCGGCGCUGGCCUUCCUCCCAGCCUCGUCGCCGCCCGCCGUGCUGUCGUCCUCGCACGGCCUCGCAUGCUGCUUCUCCCCGGCCGACGACGCCUACUUCGUGUGCAACCCGGCGACGGGGGCCUGGCAUGGCGUCCCGUGCCCGCCGUGCCAGAUCACCUGGCCGCGCCCCGCGGUCGUCGUGCUCUUCGACGCCGGCGUCUACACCUUCCACGGCGACUACACGCUCGUCUGCGCCUUCGAGUCGGCGCCGGGGGAGGAAGAAGAUCAUGACGAUGAGACAGAGACCGUCCGAGAAAGUUCUACCAAUGUUAAGCCUGAUGUUGAAGAAUCGGAAAUGCUUCUUGAAGCCUACUUCGUGCAGAUUGACGGCACGCUGAACAAGCUCUUCAAUUUCCAAGAAUACGUGGACGACACCGAGGAUUAUAUCAACAUAAUGCUGGACGAGAAGCAGAAUCAGCUACUGCAAAUGGGGCGUCCUGCUAACGACGGCGACCGUGGUGGUCACUGCCGGCAUCGUUGUCGUGAGCUUGUUCGGCAUGAACAUCCGGAGACGGAUGAGGAGGCGAGGAUCAGGAAUUUAAACUUUUGGGAAACCACCUUCGGCACAGUGUUUGGGUGUCUUGCGAUGUAUCUCCUGGCAAUCUAUGCGGGGAAGAGAAGCCAAAUACUGCAUUGAUGUCACUGAUGUCUGACGGUCGCCCUUCUAAGUUCAGAGAACAUUGGAGAAAGAGGAAGUGUCACAAUGCGAACUCGGCAGCACGAGUCCUCUGUUUUGGACGGACCGGCAAGCCGUGUAUACGACGGAAUAAUUGAGAUGAUUAUGCCCUCGCUAUUCUUAGCAGUAGAUUUAGCACGUUUGAUUCUUUUUUUGCGUGUGUAUAAACUGCACCUUUUUUUGCAAAAUUACUUUGCAAUAAAAAUUUCUGUGUAAUUGUCAUGUAAAGAAAUUAUCAAAAGUCAC